GUCAAUUCUAUGACUUAAGAUAUAAACACGGCCCAUUUUGACAACCGCGUUUGCAAUUUAUUUGGCUGUUUAUGCCGUGUAUUCUGAUUAAAGUUGGAAUAAUUCAAUAAAAUUUUACGGAUAUUUGUGUGAUAUUAAAAUAUCCAGCAUUUGUAAUUGAUGGAGACUCUACUGGAGCAGCAGCGUCGUUACCACGAGGAGCGGGAACGUUUGCUCAAGUUGAUGGUAGACGAGUAUGCUACAAAGAAAACUGGAGAAAAAGAAAGGAUUCACUCGGAACAGAGGUUAAAAUCUUUGUUAGAUCUACACAACAAUUCUACUUCUAAAUUAAAGGAACUUUAUGAAGAUAAAGAUAAUGAGCGAAAAGCGGAAAUUCAAGCAUUAUCCGGCCCAAAUGAAUUCAAUGAAUUUUAUGCACGUUUAAAGCAAAUCAAAGAAUUUUAUAAGAAACAUCCAUCUGAGAUAAGUAUACCUCUUUCAGUGGAAUUCGAAGAGCUUACAAAAGAAUAUAACAACUUAGAAGAAAUGUCAGCGCUCGUUGAAUUCACCGAUGAAGAAGGUGGUGGACGAUAUUUAGACUUGAACGAAUGUUACGAACAAUAUUUAAAUCUUCGUGGUGUGGAGAAAGUAGACUAUAUAACCUAUCUUAUGACUUUUGAUCAUGUCUUUGAUAUACCGCGAGAUCGUAAGAACCGUGAAUAUCGGAAAUAUAUAGAAAAUUUGAAUGCUUAUUUACACAAUUUUGUAACACGCAUACACCCUCUAUUGGAUGUUGAGUCGGAAUUAGUUAAGGUUGAGCUCGAAUUUCAACGUCAAUGGUUGCAGGGCAGUUUUCCGGGUUGGGCUUCAAAGGAGACUGAAUCCGCUUUAGCAAAUACUGGCGCACAUUUAGAUUUAUCAGCUUUUUCCAGUUGGGAGGAGUUAGCAUCACUUGGAUUGGAUCGUCUGAAGUCGGCGUUAAUGGCGUUAGGCUUAAAAUGUGGAGGAACUCUUGAAGAACGCGCUCAACGACUCUUCUCAACAAAAGGCAAAAAGACACUUGAUCCAUCCUUAAUAGCUAAAAAACCCGCUAACAAAAAUGCGAAUGUACAUUCGCGUAACAAUGAACGUCAUAAGGAAAUCGCCCAAUUGGAGGCAUUGCUGUACAAAUAUGCAGAUUUAUUAUCUGAACAAAGAGCUGCUACCAAAGAAAAUGUGCAACGCAAACAAGCCCGUACUGGUGGAGAGCGCGAUGACAGCGAUGUUGAAGCAAGCGAGAGUGAUAAUGAUGAUUUGGACGAUGCAGAUGAUGUACCAUAUAACCCCAAAAAUUUGCCACUUGGUUGGGAUGGCAAGCCAAUACCUUACUGGUUGUAUAAACUGCAUGGUCUGAAUAUCAGUUAUAAUUGCGAAAUUUGUGGUAAUUUCACGUAUAAAGGUCCAAAAGCAUUCCAACGACAUUUUUCGGAAUGGCGACAUGCCCAUGGAAUGCGUUGCCUUGGUAUUCCAAACACUGCACAUUUUGCUAAUGUAACUCAAAUUGAGGAUGCGAUCACAUUGUGGGAGAAACUGAAGUCACAAAAACAAAGCGAACGUUGGAUAGCAGAUCAAGAGGAAGAAUUCGAAGAUUCAUUGGGAAAUGUAGUAAAUCGUAAAACCUAUGAGGACUUAAAACGUCAAGGAUUACUAUAAAGAUUGCGCUUAAGUUUUGACUUGAAUUUUUUAUGAUUUUAUGCAUAAAUUGUAUACAGCUAAAUUUAAUUGAAGUAAUGUUUUAAAAUAGAAAAGAAAAACAAAACUUGAACUUAAAAAAUAUUAUCUAUAGUAUUUGUCGAAUUAGAAUAUUUCCAAAUUUACUUUUAAACCUAUGUUAUUUAAGUGGGUAAGAGGAAGUAGCGCAAUAUCACGUUUACUCCUUUCUGGUUUUAUGCCAUCACACAGCCAAGGGAAGUCCUAAAUAAUAAAAAAAAAUGUCCGUUACAAAUA